AUGAGUCCUCUAAUAAACGGAUGUAUUACUGAUUUGUUGAGUAAAUUAACUACUCAUUUAUUCACAUCUGCUCAACUUCUACCUGAAAUUCUCAAUGUCCUUGCUAAUCUCUUUGACCUCAACAAUAGUGCACGUCUAUUUCUUAAUACUCAAAUCUUACUAUUGAUAUCAUCAAAAUUACAAGCGAAAGAAUUGCCAACGCCAUGGCUCAUCAAUCGGUUACAUACUAUUGUUGAACAUCAUCAACAAAUAACUACUUCUCGAUUUGACCUUCUCCAACUUAUGUUUCAGUCGACCAUUAGAUUAUUUGACACAGCAAAUGAUAGUAAAGCAAACUAUCGGUUAACUGAAAAGGAUGUUACUGUUAGAAUCUUUGCUCUUAUGGCAGCAGAAUAUGAAACCACAGCAAAUGCUUUAGCAUGUGCUACGUACGUUCUUGCUACACAUCCUGACAUUCUUGAGAAACUUCAAGCAGAAAUUGAUCACCUUCCAUUGGAUACCAGUGAGAGUGAUGAUAAAAUGAAGAAAUAUCCAGAUUAUGUUGUUGUGGCACAAAUGCAUUAUAUGGACAUGUUAAUUUCUGAAGUUUUAAGAAUGUAUCCUAAUCUCGAAAGCAAACUGCAGAUUAAUGAUCAAUCAGUUAUUGCACCACAAGAAGUUUCGAUAAAAAUUAAUAAAGCGAAAUACCUAAUUUUUUUGUAA